CCUUAAACAGUAAAGAAAAAGGAACGGAGAAGAAGAAGACCCAAAUCCCACAAACAAAAAACACGACCAAAUCAGUCAACGGAAAAUUCUACGACGACUCCGACAAAUAUCAACCGUUGAUAUAUAUGUUGUUCAAAUUUCACAAUCACAUACAAAGAAAAACCUCAUGGGGAUGGGGAUGCUCCUCCUACUGAUUCCGAUACUCGCCAUCCACGCACACGCCUUUCCCGUCGCAAAGCCCGGCUGCGCCGACCGAUGCGGCAACCUAACCAUCCCUUUCCCGUUCGGAACGUCGCCGGGCUGCUACCUUAACGACGACUUCUUCAUCAACUGCACCCAAACACAGCUUCCAUUCCUCAGGGCUUCCAAAAUCCAAAUCACAAACAUAUCCCUCACCGGCGGCCGCCUCACCGUCCUGCAAUUCAUAGCGCGUGACUGCUACUACCCAAACGGGACGCUACAAGACAACGACGAUCCCUUCAUAACCCUCUCCAAGUUCGCCGUCAGCAAUGCCGCCAACAAGUUCGUCGUCGUCGGGUGCGACACCACGGGCUACGUCGAGGGGCGCCGCCUCGACGGCCGCAACUACCGGACGGGCUGCACCGCCACGUGCGGCGGCGAGGACGACGUCGAGAACGGGACCUGCGCCGGUUUGGGCUGCUGCCAGACCUCCAUCCCCAAGAACGUUCGCAGAGUUAGCAUAAAGAUGGGAAGCACCAACAAUUAUACGGACGUGAGGUUUAAUAAGUGUGGCUAUUCUUUCGUUGUUGAGGAAAGCUCGUUUGCCUUUUCCCUGCAAACACUGACGAGUUUGAGGCAAGUUGAGAGGCUUCCCAUGGUGGUUGAUUGGGCCAUCGGCAACACGAGUUGUGCGGAGGCGAAAGCCAACUCUUCUUCCUAUGCUUGCAAAAGUGUGGAUUCGGAGUGCUAUGAGGCUGAUAAUGGCUUUGGGUAUCGCUGUAAUUGCGCAUCGGGUUUUCAAGGGAACCCUUACCUAGAUGUCGAUGGUUGUCGAGAUAUAGAUGAAUGCAAAGAUGCAGGGCUCAACACCUGCGCAGAAUUGGGAUACUGUGUGAACACGAUUGGUAGUUUUUAUUGUGAAUGCCCCAAAGGAUACAAUGGUGAUGGCAGAAGAGAGGAAGGUUGCACUCCUAUUCAAUCUAAAUCUGAAUCACUUCUUGUCAGACUUGUAGCAGGGAUUUCAUUAGGGGUAAUUCUGCUUCUACUCUCAGCUUGUUGGUUCUACUUUGUUCUUCAAAACAGAAGGCUGAUCAAAAUGAGACAGCAUUAUUUCCAUCAAAAUGGCGGCAUGUUGCUGCAGCAAAAGCUCCACGGAAGAGACAGAUCUCAAGAUUUGGCCAAAAUCUACUCUGAAUUCGAGCUCAAAAGGGCCACCAAAAACUUCCACAACAGCAUGAUAAUCGGCGAGGGCGGCUACGGCACUGUAUACAAAGGCUUCUUAGCGGGCGACGGCGUCGUAGCCAUCAAGAGAGCCAAACAAGUCCCAAAGCAGAUAGAUCAGUUCACAAACGAAGUCAUAGUUCUCUCCCAGAUCAAACACAAGAACGUUGUCAAGCUCUUAGGUUGUUGUCUCGAAACAGAGUUCCCUCUCCUCGUCUACGAGUAUAUCAGCAACGGCACGCUCUCUCAGCACGUGCACAACAAGGCCAGGGCGCGUCUCCUCUCAUGGGAGACGCGCCUGAGAUUAGCCGCGGAGGUGGCUGGCGUGCUCGCGUAUCUGCACUCGGAAGCGGCUUCGACUCCGAUCAUACAUAGAGAUGUCAAGUGUGCCAACAUUCUACUAGACCAUUCCUUCACUGCGAAGGUGUCCGAUUUCGGAGCUUCGAGGUUGGUCCCUUUGGACCAAUCGCAGCUGUCGACGAUGGUGCAAGGGACGUUCGGAUAUUUGGAUCCAGAGUACAUGCAGACGAGCCAGCUGAAUGAGAAGAGCGACGUCUACAGCUUUGGAGUGGUGCUUGUGGAAAUGCUAACUGGGAUGGCGGCGUUGAGCUACGAUAGGGUGGAGGAGGAGAGAAAUUUGGCUAAUCUGUUUUUGAUGAAGCAAGAUUGCCUAUUCCAAAUUCUUGAAGAAAAUGUGGUGAGGGAGGGGGGUGAGGAGGAGGUGAUGAAGGUCUGUGUUCUUGCUCGGAGGUGCUUGAACGUGAGAGGCGAAGAUCGGCCCUCGAUGAAGGAGGUGGCAAUGGAGCUAGAGGGAGUGAGAGGUGGAGGGAAGAAGCAUGCAUGGAUUAGGGCAGAAUAUGUUGAAGAAGAUAAGGAACGUUUGCUUGGUGAGGGAUUUGAUGGCUUCAUCAAUGGUGGUGGGAAUAGCUCAAGCGUUGGAUUUGAUAGUGUUAGGGAUGAAUUCAUACUGCCUGUAGAUGGUGGUAGAUGAUAUUGGGUAUAGAAGCAGAGUUUUUUGGAAUUUUGAUUGACUUUCUCCACAGUCGCAUUACACAACAAAAGCUCGUCGUUUUGGGUUCUGAUCAUCAGUCCAGUGUUUGGCUUUGAUUUGGGAAAGUAAGUUUUUUGCAGCGUGAAAAUUUGUAGUGUUUGUAAAUAUUGGCUUCAUCAAGUGUUUGUGGAAUUGUAGUUGCUUAGUUUGUUAUGUUGGACUUUUCGUGGGACCGGUUUCUCUUUUGCAAUGUAUAAAAUAAAUUCAUGUUAUAGUUUUAUAUUUUA